AUGCCGAGAGGCUUUCUGGUCAAGAGGAGCAAGCGAGUCAACCUGGUGUCGUACCGGACGCCACGAACGGAGGACCGGAACCCUUCGGUGCCGUUCGCCCGCUGGCCGGUGGCGGCGCCGGAGAGCAAAAGCGUCCUUUUCGGCGACCCGGAAGGGGCGUACCGGCCGCUCCGUAGCCCCGCCCGGCCGACUGGCGCGCAGAGGGACGCCGGGAGGCACCCGGGUCCGGAUUUGAGCUCGCCGGCGUCGGGCGAGGCUUUCCCCGCCGCCGCUGCGGCCCUUGCCGCCUUGGAGCACCUCUUCAACGUGGGCUCCAGCACCGCCGCCUCCAAACCCCAACGCAAAGUCAAGAGAGUCAAGACCGUCCGGAAGUGGAACUCAGACAAUGACACCGCCUCGCCCGUUUUGGGCCUGAAAAUCCGGGCGGCGCCCGAACGUCAGCCGACGGGCGGCGGGGACGGCGAGUUCGUUUGUCAGCUUUGCAAGGAGGCGUACGCCGACCCGCUGGGCCUUGCUCAGCACCGCUGUUCCAGAAUCGUCCGGGUGGAGUAUCGCUGCCCCGAAUGCGACAAGGCGUUCGGUUGCCCCGCCAACUUGGCGUCGCACCGCCGUUGGCACAAGCCUAAGACGGAGCAGAAAGGACGGGCGGAAGAGGCGCCCGGCCCGGGGACCUCCGAGUCCGGUUCUGAUGGGGACGAGCCGCACGAGUCCGCUAGGGGCGGCCAAAAAUUCAAACGCCACGCCUUUAUGGGGGGAUCGCACGGACCGGCCCCGCACGCUAAUUGCCGCCACCCGUCCAAGGACGGAAGCUUUAUUCUCUUGGCCCGGCCGGCCGACCAAGUGGUUGGCGCGCUGACCUCGCGCUUCUGA